AUGGCGUAUCUGGUCUGCGCCGUCCUCGGUGUGGGGGUCACCUUCACGCUGGAGUUUAACAUGGACGACCUCGUCGACGUCUUCCCGGAGAAGUUCAUGAAGACGGCCAAGGAGACGUUCGACCCCCGCGAAGUCGUGCUGUAUCCUGCGAAGCAGAACGGCAAGUGGCUGAGUGCUCGCGAUGCGAUCACGACGCCAACCAACCAACUGGACCCCAACUCCGCGGUUGUCAAGACCGUUUUCGGGGGAGAAUUCGCCACAAUUCACCGUGAGCGCGACCUUCACGUUCUCGUCGACGUCCCCGAGUACAUCAAAGACCGCCUGCGCAUCCGGUACGCCGGACAACUUAUCCACCGCAAGUGGUUCUACUACGAUCGGUUUCUGUUUCCCCUCGGCUGCAUCUCUUGGCUACUCGGCGCCGUCGCCAUCGCCUUGGGCAUUUACCUGUACAAUCAGGAAGAAAACUUGCUCGGAGGAGUCAUUGCCGGCUGUAACCCGGCCAACGGGAAGCUGCUGACUGUGGGCAUCCCUGGCGUGGUGAUGUGGCUUUCGGCAGUGUCGUGCGUCGUGCGUCGUGCUGGAACUGGCCAAGUUCUAUGUUCAGCGGAAGCGCGAUAA